AUGGAACUAAGGAAUGACACACGAAUUUCAGUAUUCCUUCUUCUAGGAUUAUCAAAAGAACCAGAACUGCAGGCCCUCAUACUUGGGCUUUUCUUCUCCAUGUACCUGAUCACUGUAUUUGGAAAUCUGCUCCUCAUCCUGGCUGUUAUCUCAGACUCCCAUCUCCACACACCCAUGUACUUCUUCCUCUCCAACCUGUCCUUUACAGACAUCUGUUUCACCUCCACCACCAUCCCAAAGAUGCUGAUGAAUAUAAAGACAAAGAUCAAUGUUAUAACCUAUGAAGGCUGUAUCUCCCAGAUAUACUUUUUCCUACUUUUUGCUUCACUGGAAAAUUUUCUUCUUGCUGUGAUGGCCUAUGACCGCUUUGUGGCUAUCUGCUACCCCCUACACUACACAGUCAUCAUGAAACCCUGGCUCUGUGGAAUUCUGGUUCUGGUGUCCUGGAUGAUAAGUGCCCUGAAUUCCUUGUUACAAAGCCUAAUGGUGUUGUGGCUAUCCUUCUGUACAAAAGUGGAAAUCCCCCACUUUUUCUGUGAAAUCAAUCAGGUGGUACAACUUGCUUGUUCUGACACAUUUCUUAAUGACAUAACGAUGUAUUUUGCAGCUGGGAUGUUGGGUGGUGCUUCCCUUAGUGGGAUUCUUUACUCAUAUUCUAAAAUAGUUUCCACCAUACGAGAAAUCACAUCAGUGCAGGGGAAGUAUAAGGCAUUUUCCACCUGUGCAUCUCACCUCUCAGUUGUUUCAUUAUUUUAUUGUACAGUCUUAGGAGUGUACUUUAGCUCUGCUGGUACCCACAGUUCAAACUCAAGUGCCAUUGCCUCAGUGAUGUACACUGUGGUCACACCCAUGCUGAACCCCUUCAUCUACAGUCUAAGGAACAAAGACAUAAAGACGGCUCUGAAAAGAAUCAUUGGGAUCACUGUCACAUGA